AUGUCAGGAUCAGCCGGAUUUGAUAGACACAUUACUAUUUUUUCCCCAGAAGGGAGGUUGUACCAAGUUGAAUACGCGUUCAAGGCUAUCAAUUCCUCCAACAUCACGUCAAUUGGAGUAACAGGACAAGAUUCAGCAGUUAUUAUAUCGCAAAAGAAGAUUCCUGAUAAAUUGUUGGAUGCAAAGACUAUUUCCUACAUUUUCAAAAUCACUCCUAGUAUAGGUAUGGUUGCCACUGGAUCCAUAGCCGAUGCCAGAGCGCAAGCAAUGCGGGCUCGUAGCGAGGCUACUGAAUUUAGAUACAAGUAUGGGUAUGAAAUGCCAGUUGAAAGCUUGAGUAAAAGGAUGGCCAACUUGUCACAAUUGUAUACGCAAAGAGCCUAUAUGAGACCAUUGGGAGUAGCAUUGACGUUUGUUCAAGUUGAUUUUGAAGAUGAAGGAAAAGGUCCCCAGGUUUUCAAAUGUGAUCCUGCUGGCUAUUACACCAGCGUCAAGGCGGUGGCCACUGGUCCAAAGCAGCAGGAAGCUACAACAUACUUGGAGAAGAAGUUUAAAAAGACUGACCAUGUAAAGGGUGAUUGGAAAGAAACUGUUGAUUUUGCAAUUACUGCAUUGAGUUCAGUGUUGGGAACUGAUUUCAGAAAGAAUGAUAUUGAGAUUGGUGUUGCUACUGAAGGAGAGUUUCGAAUUUUGACUCCAGAUGAGAUAGAUGAGAGACUUGUGGCCAUAGCUGAACAAGAUUGA